AUGUCAAAUUUGGCUAAGCUCGAAAUUUCCGCCCUUGAUAUUUCUGGAAACAAUUAUAUGACAUGGGCAAUAGAACAGAAUAACGAGCUUGUGAUGAUGAACCAUCAGACUCGUCCCACUGGAGCUGCUCCAUUCCCAGAAGCGAAUGUAGCAUCGUCCAGCCAAAAUAAUGGACGAGGACGUGGACGUGGAUAUGGUCGAAACCGAGGUCGUGGCCGUGGCCGUGGACGUGGUCGGGGACAAGGAAAAGAGUACCGUCCCGACGAGUCCAACAAUGAAAGGAAUAUAAAAGAUCUCGAGCAAAUGAUUACGGCCGAGAUUCUAAAAAGCAAAAAGAAAGUGUUUGCUACAGAUGCGGCAUGA